AUGAAUUUUGAUGCCCCUGUUUCUGAAUUAAUAGCAAAAAUAGGGGAGAUGCAAGCAGAAAAGAUUCGUUUAGAAGGUGAGUACGAGUCAAUGAAAUUACAAUUUGAUCGAGAUAUAAAACAAUAUAAAGAUAAAGUAUUUUCAGCAAGAAAGAAAUUAAAGGAAGUUCAAUUCGAGGCCGAUUUGUCCGAAACACAAAUUGUAUAUAAAAAACCUAUUCGGCAACAUCAAUUUAACGUAUUUGAUAGAGAAAUUAAAAUCGAAAAUUCUAAAACAACAGCAGCUUUGCAAGCGGCUCAACAAGAUUACGAAUUAACAUCGAAAUCUCUUCAAGAUGAAAUAAAAUCUCUAUUAAAUCAAGCAAAAAAGAAGAAGAAAACACUCGAUACGUUAAUUUCCAAUAUUGAAAACUUAAAGCAAUCAAAUAAAUCAUUAAAAUCAGAUAUAAAGCAAUUAAGAAGCGAACUUGAUCGCGUUCAAGCGGAUUCUCACCAAAAAACAGAUCAAAUUUCUAAAUAUCAUGAGCAAAAUAAGAAACUUACAGCAAGGGCAGAAUCUAUCGUUAAUAAACGAUACAAGCCAAAGAGUCAAACAGUUAAGAUUCCUUGA